AUGGACCCCUCUUCACCUCAGCAACCUUCACCUAUUUUCAAUUUCCUCAAAUCUUCACUACCUCAAUCCAUCAUGCAAGGUUCAACAUGGGGCUCGCCACCCACCGUCCUCUCACCUUUGCCCGAAGAGAGAGAUGUAUCCCCUAGCCGUCACUCAACUAUUGAGGAAAAGAGAGACAUGAAUUCACCAAGACUAUUAUUGAAACUUCGAACUCCUGAACUUGAAAAGGCGGGUACCCAGAAGCUUGAAAGUAUGGCUAUGGAUGCGGAAAAGCAUAAUCCGAUUCCGGAGACUGUUCCAACAUCAAGUGUAACAUGUUCUCAAAUAUCCAAGCCACUUCAUUCAAAUUCCCCCCAAAAAGUGCCAUUCAACAAAAGUCGAACACGAGAACCAGCCAAAAUGUCAGAUUCGAAAAUACCAACGCAAGUACAACCCUCGACUUCAUCACUACGCCCACAACACUCAAUAUCACCAACCAAGCCAAAACGAGCCUCUUCCGCCCCACCUCCACUGAAACGAAAACGAUCACAAACACCCAUUCCUUACUGGAAGCAAACCGUCAGCGCCUUGAAAGAGCCAGGGGGUCGAGAAAAUGAGAAGAGGAUGCAGACUGUUGAGAUUAUUGACUUGGUUUCUGAUUCUGAUGAUGAGGUGGUGCAGAAUCCUAUGAAGAAGGUGUGUUUGGAGCGAACAGAGUCGGUGGCUUCGCCUAAGAAGGUCGGUGGGGGUUCGAAGUCGAGUGAGCGGUUGAGGAGAGAUGAGGAGGUGAAGCGUAGAGAGGCAUCGGGGCGUGUAGGAAGUCGGGUGGGGGAUGCAGAGAAUGAGUCGAGAGGGGCAUUGCAGAAGUCGAAACCUGCGGUUGAAAUUCCACGUCUAGGAGUAGGUUCGAGGACACCAAAAGGUGGUGAUAUUGCACGCACAUUAAUAUCACCGACUCCAGAUGAGGAACUCGACCUCGGAGAGUCAUUGAGGGGAAAAGAGAAGUCAAAUUUGGUACAAACAUUAUUAUCACCAACACCACAACAAAAUCCGGAUGCUUCAACGCAAGCGAACUCGACACUACAAUCCACCGCUCUUGCAAGACCGUCCGAAACAUCAUCUACAACCCCAGAGCCAACUGUGACUGAAAAUCCAAUCAUCGAUAAUGCCCUCAGUCGAGCAUCUGCUUCUUUGAGCAUAUGUAUCAAGUACCCAAAGAACAGGCAAGAUGAGACGACCACGCCGCAGACGCCAGAUACGCCAAAGGGUCGCAGAACUCAGGAAGUACCUUCAAGCGCUGAGCGUUCUCGAAUACAAACCCCGAAAUUACAGCUCAGAGCUCCGGACGCUUCGGACUCACAACUGGCGACGACUAUUGGAGCUCUUUUUGGUCCCAAAAUCUCUUCCGGGCUGCAAUCACUCAACCCUGUGGAUCAAUCACUUCAGGAGACUUUGAUGGAGCAGCCAGUUACCCUUGAGCGUUCUCGCAAACUGAAAAUGCCAGAUCCGCAAGUCAUGAAAGACUUUAAGGCACGACUUGAAAGUCCAGUACGGAAUUAUGCAGUACGAAGUGAGAAGGUUUCUCCUAAGCCUGCACUAAAGAGGGAGAGAAAAGCGAAGACACCGCUUGAAGAGCCGAGAACUUUAACAGGUAGAGCGAGAUCUCAGAGUGUUUAUGACGAAUUCGAACACAAAAACAUGACCUCUGGCGCCCAACUCGGGUCCGCAGACAUCGGAAACGAUGGCAACCAGCAAACCUCUCAGAACUCUGCUUGGGCAUCCUUUUCUCGGCCGUUGGUCUCGUUUCAAGAGUCAUUUAUGCCUUCAGCAAUGACUUCGACCUCAUUCUCUUCGUCUCCGUCUGUGCGAAGCAACCAAGACCAGGAACCGCCUACUUUUCUCAAGCCUCUUCCAGAUAUAGUGCAAAUAUCGCUUGGUCAUCACGUCUUCUCUAUUCAUCAAGAAAUCCUUAGCAGCCAUUGUCCAGUACUGGCUGGUAUCUGCCGUGAAGACGGAGAAAGAUUGAAACGCGUAUUGGAAGAUAUGGAUGUGGAUGUCGUUGGCCUUCUCGUACAGUGGAGUACGGUCAAGUAUAUUGUCUGCCUGGCACUACCUUGCUUGUGA